UUCUUAAAACGAGCAUUUUAAAUCACAUGUCAAACUUUAUUAUUCUCUACAAUGUAGCUGUAGUUGUACCUUUUAAUUUCUAGAGCUCGCACUCAACCUGUAUAAGAGUAGAGUAAUUUAACUUAGUUUUUUUAGCCAUAAAAAUCAUCAAAUACCCUCGUUCAAAUAUUAUUGAGAAAAAUGUGUUAUUAAUUGUUGUUCUAAAAAUCAAAGUGCAACCAGCAGUUUAAUGGGAACGAAAGAAAUAACCAGUAGUUUAAUGGGAAGAAGUUGGAUGAGGAAGAGGUAGCUAUGAGAGCCCAAAACUGGAUUCUAGAGUAUAGACAUGAACAACAGGCAGCGGGGAGAAGAAGGGAGCAAGAUACAAGGAGAAAAUUUUGGCAGCCACCGGGGAUGGGUAUCGUGAAGGUGAAUACUGAUGCUGGGUGUUUGGGAGAGGGAGGAACAGGAUUGGGCAUGGUUGUGAGAGACUGGACCGGAGCCUUCAGGUAUGCAGCAGUGAAAAGGGAAGCAGAGAGAUGGUGCCCAGCUGUCGCAGAGGGUCGAGCUGUGUUAUUUGCGCUGGAAAAGAUGAAUGAACAACAGAUGGGCCCCUUUGAAGUCGAGUCGGACUGCUUAACAUUGGUGAACACCUUGCGGCAGCAGAGAGUCGACUUGACAGAACUUGGAGCGGUGUGCGAGGCCAUUCUGCAGGCGGAGGGCGUUGAGGAUUGUUACGCUUGGAAGCAUACUCAUAGAGAAGCUAACACUGUGGCUCACACUUUAGCACAUGUUCAGGUUGAUUUAAAUCAUUGUAAUAGUUGGAUAGGUAUUUCCCCAUCGUUCCUUUUGAACGAUCUGUACCUGGAUUCUAGCCAUUUGGCUUAAUUAAUAAAAUUACAGGAGGUGCGGUCCCUCCUUUCCCUCAAAAAAAAUCAAAGUGCAACCCAUUAAAAUUCUAAAAAAAAAAACUUCCUAACUAUAACAACUAUCAAGUAUUUAGUAAUGAUACAAUUAACUGCUGGUUUCUUAAUUAAACCGGCUGGAUAAUAUCACCGUUGUUGCCGCCGUCGCGGGAAACCGGCUUGGCUAAGUACGUCGGGUUGCAGUCUCCGGCCAAAACAACAACAAUCUUGGGCUCUAAAUCCACCAGCAUCCCGUCACCUUCUUUGCUAACGUUGUUGGGUUUCUGAGCUUGGCCGGAAUUACUGUUUGGCCUUCUCCGGUAAGAGCAUACGAGAAUCAUCAACGCAAUGGCAAUGAUUCCCAUCAUCAGAGCUAACCCACCAAAAAGAUAUCGGUGAGUUCCAGAGUCGGAAUCUGUUGACCACGUCGGCGCCGGCAGCUGUACUCCCCGUUGAUUGGCUUCCGGUUGGAAUUGAAGCGGGCCUCAUUUGAAUUUUGUUGUGGUUUGUGUGGCGUUUUGCAAUGUAAAUGAGAGAGAUGUGAGGAAGGUGGGGGUAUUUAUUGGAGUGGUAGUGGGUGGUGUAAUAGUAAUCAUUUGUGAAUAAGAAACCUUGAAUUAGUAUUGCUUAAUUGGAUUAUAAGAAAGAAAUUACAUUGUAAAUAGUGCAUGAGAUUGUAUCGGAAAAGUCAGUGGUAGGGUAUUUUUAUAUUGAAACGUGAUUUAAUUGUGGUUCAACGGUUUCAUACUACUCAUUACCGCCUAUCGGUUUAGUCUCGAGUAGGAAGUUUUUCUGGUCUAAUUGCCGAUACAGUACGACCUUUAAUCCUGGAUUUCUAGUCUUUUUUAAUGGGAUACUGUUUGUUGGUGAGAAAACCUUUGUUCGAAAUCAACGGUUUGCAGAAUUUUUUAGUAGCAAUUAAUAACACGGUUCACUUAUCUUAAAACAAAGUUCAAACGUGGGGUGUUUGAUGUUUUAUAUGGCUUUUGUAAAUAAGUUUAAGUUACUCAUGCUCCUAUGAAGGUCAGUGAGAACUCCAAACUAAGAGCUAUGAUGACUACAUUUUUACUGAUAAAAGGUAAGUAUUUUAUUAAUCAUUCAAUUUAAAAUGUUGAUUAUUACCAUUGUCACCCAUCGUAUCCGAGUAUCCGUAUAUAAUUCUAAAUACCAUAAACAAAUAAAAAUAAGCAUGACAUAUCAUGCAACCAAAAUAUAGUUGACCUAGCAAUUUGGUAUUAUAAUUAUCUAACAUACCAUAUAAAUCUCAGGAACGGAAGCAUAUAUUAAACAAUGGGGUCCGAUUAACCCCGUAUGUGACACUCCUAGCUCCUGUCAAACAAGGUUAGCUUAAGACUUGGUUAGAGUGACUCAUACAUACUACGAAAGAACAAAAAAUCGUGUGUUAGAUCUCGAAACACAUUCUCUUAUAUUCCUCUAACAUGCAUGAGCCUUAGAACUCAUCAAUCCUAAGAGCUUAAUCACUUUCAAGAUGAAGAUUGCAUUAUCCUUUUCCUCAUUCUAUCAUCUUGUAAUUCUGUAACAACGUUUUAUUUUCAACGCAAUUAUUUAUCAUGAUCCUUUUGACGAAUGUGAAUUGAGUAAAUCCCUUUGUUUCCAGUAAGUUUCUCUAAUUACCUGUGGAAUAAUAAGCAUGUAAAAUAUGUUCCACGACCUCGUAAAAGUCUAGUGUUCCGUACGCGGCCACUAUAACUCAUAUACAUGAAAAAAUAAGUCAUAUUUUGGACGACGGCUUUGAAUGUUUAGGUGUUGUUUAUGUUUAAUAAUCAAAUCGUUUCCAUAGUGGGUCGUUAGGUGAUAAUUAACAAAGAAAAACACAGACAUGGUGGUUCAAAAAUGUUUGUUUCUUGUAGUACUGCUGCUGUCGCACUGUUUUGCCUUUUUGGGCGGAGGAGAGGAAGGCGAAGCCAAUUACAUUUCUCUCGCCUUUGAACAUUGGCGGAAAGGUUGCUUGAAAUUUGUCGCAGGGGACAUAGAUGAGUGCGAUAGUGGGGCGUAAAAUUGGCACACAAGUUGUUGCAUAGUUCUGUUUCUGUGGGCUUGAGAAGGCAAAUCCACGGGAGUGCUUUUCUGCAUCAUUAUUCGUGACUGAUAGGGCGCAGAAAUAGACCCAAUGAUCAUUUGAUUUUUUGGUAUGGUUUGGAUUAGAUUGUGAUUUUCCGAACCAAAUCUUAUGUAGACCCAAACUGACUUCUUAAUACGUGUUAGCAGCCUACUCGGCCACUCUUUUAACUUUUCCCAACGAGACCCAAGUCUCAACUCUAAUCUUGAAAAUCUCGUUUCCUCCUUCAUUCGCGACCACUUUUCACCAGAGAGUAGAGACGAUUGUGUCUCCAUAUGACAUUAUGUUAAUGUUUAUGGCAUUAUGAUGCAAGUUAUGAUGCUUUGAUUUUGUAUCUUUGUCAUUUACUGAGAUUUAGGUAUCAAAAUUAUUCAUGCAUGCAUGUUGGACUUCAUGUUUUUAAGGUAAAAAAAUAUUUUUUUUUUUGCGGUUAUUGCUUCAACUUUUCGUGUAGUUGACUAAAUAAAUUGUUCAUUUUUUGUUCAAUCUGGUCUAUCUGGACUAGAUCGCAUAGGCGUGGUCUGGUCAGGACCGUAUAAAAUGGGGUCUGGUCUCUAGUCUAUACUCCAGCCUCUUGGUCUGGAUCGUAAAUCGUAUAUAUAGUUUGGUCUGGAUCAGACCACAUCGUUUCCCAACCCUAGUGAUUGAAGAAUUUUAGACUAAGUAUAAUUCGAUCAGGUGGCGUAAGACAAUGCUACUCUAAAUUUGAAUUUUUUUCGGGACGGGAAGUCAUACCACUACUUGAAGAAUAUAAUUGUUAUCUAGUCGAGAGUUUAGUGUUGUUUUUAAUUAGCUCUAUCUUACGUUAACUAGAGAGAGAGAGAGUAUUUGGAGAUUUUGAUUCCCCUAUCCUAGCUUGAUGGAGAUUGCAACAUAAUUGAUAUUCAUGGGUUCAAUUAUAGUAUCUCAGGGUGCAAGAAUACCUAAAGACACAAUUGGGGCAAUGGUCACUUAUGAGUUAUGACACGUGAGAAGUACUCUUUUAGACACUCCAUAUUAUGAGCAGAAUUUCAUGAUUUUCAUACUUUUAUCGUCAUAAUAUAUUGGAUUUGCCACGUGAUCGCUCAAAGUGUACCUAGUAGCACUAGGCUUGAUUUUAUCAAUUUGAUACACUCUUGGUAGUGUUCUGUGUGUUCUCUGGGUAUAGCUACCUAGUGGACCACUUUGGACAUGUUAGGGGUCAUAAAGACUCAACUUAGUACUAGGAGCUAGGAGCGGGAAAUGAAGAGAGGACAAAAAUAGCAUCGGAAUCGAUCGCCAUAUCACUAAAGCGGUGCUCAGGGUGACGCUUUGAGCCUCAUCUAGAAAUCACCAGAAUGUUUAAGGAAUAUGCUUUUCGUGGUGGCCAAGCUAGAGGAGGUCGAUUGGGACUUGAAGACGCAUUAGAUUACCAUCCUCUCUCCCCCCAAUACCCUUAUAGGAAGUCUAUAAAUAGACCUUUGGGGGGAGUUUGGUAGCUAGUGAUAUGAGGCAUUAGAGGGUCGUUACUUUGCCGAUAAAGUGACUCACCCAACUUAGAGCGCCGCUAGUUACCAGAGGCAAAUUUGGGGCUAUAAUCGGCGGCCUUGUCCCCAAAAUCUCUGUGUGUGGACGGAUUUAUAGAGCUCCUAGGGAUUCUCAUCUUGAGUGAUGUAUCCCAAUAUCCCAUGGAUCUCGUCCACAUGGUUGGCUAGUUCUCUUAGUUGCAUAGGUGGGUGAACCCUAGAGUUUCUAAACUUUGUAAUGUUCUAUUUUGAUUCCUUUAUCGUAUUGCUGGUUUCUUUUAGGUUAUCAGUUGUCUAUUAGAGACCUUCAUGAAGCAUAAAUCCUUUCGAUAUGGAUGCCUUGAAACCCUAGUCACAUAGGAUGAAGACUGAACACGACCAUCCUAUACGAUCGAUCUUCAACCGAUUGAAUUGCGUGACACCUCAAGCGAGAAAUAUGUAGGGUCAUGUUGCCUACUAGUUUUGGUAAAUGUUGCGACACUAGGUAGAAGUAGAUAUCACGAGUAUCAAGCAGCUCAUAUGUUGUGAAAAUUGACUUUACGAGUCUAAAGAACUCUAGGAGGAAUUUGUCUAUACAACUCCUACUCUCCUAGUCCUCCUUCUUCCUCCACUCGUCAGUAGCUUAGUUCUCCUUGUUACACUGUUUUAAUUUUGUAAAACAAAAGGGAACCUCAAAUCCGGAGGCUCCUCAACCUCCACAGUCGCAUUUUCAAACCAUAGAACUCUUCCUUCACCACCUAAGUAAGUGGUUGUGAGAGAUCCUAGGAAAAUACGAUUUUGGUCUUUAAAUCAUGUAAUUUUGACCACUAUUACAAUCGUGAUCAGUCACAGUGGUGAACCUAGAAAUUUUACUUAGGGGUUCCCUCUUCUAACAUUAAAAUAAAAUAUUUAAAAAUUUUAAUUUCAUAAAUUAUAACAUACUCGGCCACUACAAGUUAUAAUAAAAUACCACAGCGUGUUUUCAUUUUUUGAAAAAAUUGUAAAAAUACUAAGUGUCUAUGGUGCUUAAAAAAUCUCUUUCAGUAUCCCCCACUAAAAAACAUUAAUAGACUGAUCACUUAUUCCAUUCUGAAACUUGUUCUUGAUGUAACUCAAAGGUAAAAAAAUCACUUUCAACACUUGCAAUUGCAACUGCUAAAACCAAUACAAGUUUGAGAAGCAUAUAAUCUGAUGAAUAUGAAUGAAUCAUGUUUGUCUUCACCAUUUACUAAGCUAAUUCAUCAAUUCCUUUUAAUAUAAGGAAUAACUCAUCAUUUUUUAUACUAUGAUAUUAAUUCUCAAAAUACCAUAGAAUAUGAGUAAAAAAGGUGACCAAACCCAUUAGGAGAAAAUUGAGCAAGGCUUAUUAGCUUCUCUUUGAAUCAACAAACUCUUUCUCCAGACUAAAACAAGUCAACAAUCUAGUAUUCACCCUAUCAAAGCUCUAGUUCAACUCUUGCAGUUGCAUAUCAAGAACCGAGUAAAAGUGUAAAACAAUUCAUCUUGGCAGUGAUGCAAUCUUAGUAAAUAUAAGAAUGAUGGUGAGUUUGAAAUUUCAUUUUCAUGAUUUAGAUGAAAACAUUGUUUGGAUUUUAUUUUAGAUUGUAAUCGUAUUUAUGUUUUAAACAUAACAAUAAUUGGUUUGCAGUGCAGUGGACAACAUUUUCUCUAAUAAUUAUAGUGUUAUGAG